AUGGCCGAGCCGGUAAACACCCCGAUGCCGCCGAGCACCCCAGUACCGGCAUCAACACCACGCUCGAUGUCUCCUGCGCCGCCCGUCCCCAACCUGUCACCGAACGCGACCAUGUCUGCCAUGACCAGGAUGUUUCCGCCGGCCACGACCGGGCGUGCCACCCCGAAGCGGCCCGUAGUCCUUCAUAUCGGGGACCCGAUCAAAUACAACCCCGGGACCUACGCAGAAUUCAGUGCCGAGUUUGAAGUAAUUCGCCCGAGCGCGGCCGAGCGCGAGCGCAGCGAGUUCAUAGUAGCCUUGAAAGAGCGCCGCUGGGGGGACUUCAGCGCCAUCUUCAGGCCGUUCUGGGGCACAGGCGGCGAGAUGGGCCGGUGGGAUGCCGAGGUUAUCAGCCUACUCCCAAAUACGGUGAAGGUAUUUGCCAGUGCCGGCGCCGGCUUCGACUGGGCUGAUACCGAGCUGUUGGGAGAGAAGGGAAUCAUCUACUGCAACUCGGGCCUCGCCGCCGCCGAAGCGGUCGCUGACUUCGCCGUCGCCAUGAUCAUCUCCACCUUCCGGCACCUCCCCUGGUGCAUGACCGCGGCAACCCUUCCCUCUCUCUGCACCAACCCAUCCCCCACCGACGACGCCCGCGCGCACGAAGCCUUCCAAACCUGCCACGCCCGCGCAACCGCCGCAAGCCACAACCCGCGCGGCCACGUCCUAGGCCUCAUCGGACUGGGCAACAUCGGGCAACAGAUCGCCGCCAAGCUCGGCAACCCCUCCUUCGGCAUGCGCAUCGCCUACCACGACGUGGUCCGCAAGCCCGCCGCCCUCGAAACCUCCCUCCACGCCACCUUCCACCCGACCCUGGCCAGCCUCCUGCAAGCCUCGGACUGCGUCGUCCUCGCCACGCCCGCCUCCCCCGACGGCCGCCCGCUCAUCACCGCCGCCGCCCUGGCCCAGUUCCGCCCCGGCGCCCGCUUCGUCAACGUCGCGCGCGGCUCGCUCGUCGACGAGACUGCUCUCGCCGACGCCCUCGAGUCGGGCCAUCUGUCGGCGGCCGCGCUGGAUGUGCACGCCGAUGAGCCGCGUGUGCAUCCCCGGCUGGUGAGGCUGGCGACGCAGCUGCCGAGUUUUGGUGGGGAGGGGGGUGAGGUGGUGGGCGCCGGCGUGGGGGCGGGGAGGGUGAUGCUGACUUGCCAUAAUGCGGGGGGCACGGUGGAGACGCACGUGGGGUUUGAGGAGUUGAGUAUGCGGAAUAUUUUGGCGGUGUUGAAAGGGGGGGAGGCGGUGACGGCGGUGAAUUUGGCGAGUUUGAAGCGUUGA